CAAAAUUAAAUGAUUAGGGCAUCUCCAACGCUGGUAUGCAAACAGAGAGGAGAGAGAAAGGAGACGCAAAAGGACGCGGGAGGGAGAAAGUCGUUCAACGACUUUGAACAGUGAUGAGAAACCUCUGCCAAAUCAUCCGAAUCCACCAUAAAAGCAGAGACGAGAUUGCUGCAAUCAUCCCAACUUCAUCGCAACCAUUCAACCUUCGUCGCAAUUAUUCCGAACUUUGCCGCAAUCAUCCUCCUCUCCUCAAUUACCUCUUCCAACGUUGAUAGGUACCAUUCUUCAUCACUCAGUCUUCAACCGUUGUCUAUAUGUCUGCAUAUGAAGAUAUAAUUGAGAUUUUGGGGUGAGUUUGGGUAUUAUUUUGGGGCCAAAUUGAAAUCUGAAACUGGGUAUUUAUCUCUAAAUUGGUAUGAAUUGGGUGAUUUUUUGCAUGUAUAUGAAGGUGUUCUUUCAUAGGAAUUUGGGGCUCCUCUAAUCUGCAAGGUCAUUUGGGGCGAGCUCUUUGUAGAAGAUGAAGCUUUAAAUGAUAUCGCUUUAAAUGAUAUCGCUUUUUCAAGUUUAUGUUCCCUUUUGUGUUUAUUCUCAUCAAGUGCAAGUGCAAGUGCUAUGUUCUGGUCCUACUUUAUUUAAUUACUAAUGUUUUCUUGACUAGUUGUAGAUAUGGAUUCCAUGUACAAUUCAUAUGCAUCGUUGCUCAUGAGCGAUGAAUUAAACGAUGAUCAUAAUAUUGAUCAAUUGGAGUAACAAAUUCCAUCCGAGAUUGUGCCUUUAACAGGCACUAGUCGAAGAAGUCAGAAUUUCUCAAUUGACGAUGACAAACUCCUUGUCUCCGCUUGGCUAAAUACUAGUAAAGAUUCAACUCAUGGGAAUGCUCAAAAUGCUAAUAGAUAUUGGCAAAGAAUUAGUGAAUUCUUCAACACCCAUGGAGGUCCCCGUACCCAAGCAUCUCUAAAGCAAAGGUGGAAUGAUAUUAACAAGAAGUGUCAAAAAUUUUCUGGUUAUUUAAGUCAAAUUGAAGGAAGACAUCCUAGCGGACAAACCGAACAAGGAAUGGUAGAUGAUGCAAAAUCUAUGUACGCUGACUUAGAGCAUAAACCAUUUCUACUUGAGCAUUGUUGGAUUAUAUUGAAGGAUGAAGCUAAAUGGCAAGAAACUCUCUCAAAUAAGAGGCAUAAGACUUCUAGUGUCUCCGUACAUGACCUUAGUGAGUCUCCCAUUGGCGGAGAUAAUGAUGAACGUUCCAUUAAUCAAGAUAGACCACUAGGCACAAAAGCCGCAAAAAAACUUGCUGCAAGUGGAUCGAAGUCCUCAAUUUCGGAUGAGAUUUUGAAAGAGAAACUUAAUAUCGAACGCGCAAAAUAUGAACAACGUGAUAGAGCUCUACUUGAACAGCAACGAGAUAGAGAGCUAAAGGAAAGGGAGAUGGAGAGGAGUUGGGAAAUAGAAGUUAUGUCCAAAGACCUUAGAGGCAUGGAUCCCAUGGUGGCUGAGUAUUGGAAGAAUGCUAGGAUAGAGAUAAUGGCAAAAAAGGGUUAUAAUUUUUAAUGUUUUCUUAUUUUGUUAAAUGAUUGUCUAAACUUUCUUUAAUCUCCUGUGUUUUGGCACUA